ACUUUCCGGAGUUUGUUGUUGACUGUCUGGAUGUGUGAGUGGAGUCAAGUUAUAAUGACUAUCCCAACAGCCGCAGCAAUGAUACAAGCAAUUUAUCCAAAUCCGUUUUUGAAAUAAGGACUGUCGGGUCGUCUGAAAAGAAAUGUAGAGGUUAUGUGAUCCUGACAACAUGUUAAGAGAGUGACCUGUGGGAAAUGAGUAACCUUACAGCGAAUAACCUCGGCGACAAAGGCUAGCCAGCUGUUCGUCUGGUAACAGGCAGUGUAGACUAUUUCUUGAGCAGCCAGGUUUCACGUCUUCUUUUGCAGGAAUUUCUGGUGCUUGACUGCGCGUCAAUGCCGUAUCAUAUGCAGGCGAGCACCUUCAGGUGGAUACCUGCAAAUUUAAAUUGCCGCUAGAAUGAAGCCGUGUACCUGGCUAACGGCGAAGGCGGUGUAACUUUACUUUUGGCAAGUGGGUAGUCUAGUCUAGUAGCUUAGUUAGACUAGCUAAUGCUGACUGUGUGUCAGUUAACGAUGGCUACUGCUGACUACUGUCUGUUUGGCACAGUUGCUUGCAUUGUAAGUUAACGUUGGCUAACUCUGAUUUAAAUUUCCUUGCUACCGACAUAUCGUUCGCAACUUUCUGUUGGUUGCUUAGCUGCUAACUAGCUAGCUAGCUAUGUCUUUCGGGUCGGACACAUUUCCAAACCUAAAGUUUCUCGAAAUUAACACUAACGUUAUGUAGCUGACUAGCUACUCAACUACAGUAGCCAGGUACAGAUUAAUAUUGGCUCAGAAAAUGGCAGACGAGCUAGCCAGCCGGAUUCGUGGAAGUUUAGCUAAUACUGGCUCGUAUUAACAGUUAGCAUAUUAGCUAUUGUUGUCAAGCUGGUUUGCUCUUACAGUCUAAUAACGUUAUCCGACUGGUCAUGGGCGAUUAAAUGGUUGGCUAGCAAGUUAGUUUGGUGACUAUUCAUAAACCAACCUUACACCUGGAGAACAGUUGGUAAGCAUUGGGGGCGAGGACAGUUAGAGAUGGAUCAACUUAAAGUUAAAGACCGAAUCCUGGAAAAUCUUUCGUUGUCGGUGAAGAAGUUGCAGAGUUACUUUGCCGCCUGUGAAGAUGAGACUCCAGCUAUCAGGAACCAUGACCGUGUCUUACAACGUCUAUGUGAGCACUUGGACCACGCCCUCCUCUACGGACUGCAGAACAUCUCCUCGGGAUACUGGGUCCUGGUUCUGCAUUUCACACGCAGAGAAGCAAUCCGGCAGAUAGAGGGACUCCAGCAAAUUGCCACCAACCUUGGACGCAGCCGAGCAUGGCUGUACUUGGCGCUGAGCGAGAGUUCUCUGGAGAGCUACCUCCGUCUCUUUCAGGAAAACCAGGCCCUGCUGCAGAAGUACUAUUAUGAAAACGCCUUGGUCUGCAGCCACGAUCAUCUCACACUGUUCCUCACUCUGGUGUCAGGACUGGAGUUCAUUCGAUUUGACUUGGAGUUGGAUGCCCCCUAUUUGGAUGUGACACCCUACAUGCCGGAGUACUACAAGCCUCAGAACCUGUUGGACUUUGAAGAGCGGCUGCCCGGUGUGGACAGCCUGUCGCUGCACUCUUUCACCUCCACCAAUCUGGAGUGGGACGACAGUGCCAUCGCCCCCUCCAGUGAGGAUUAUGAUUUUGGUGACCUUUUCCCCGUUUUGCAGUCACUGCCCAGUGCUGACUGGGAAGAGGGUGACCUCACUGACCCCGUCCCCUGCCCUUGCUCCAUCGCCCCAGAAUCACCGCCGGUCAUCGCCACGGUGAUGGGGACGGGAGCAGCGGGGGCCUUCACAAAAGACUCGGGCGCAUGCACGUACGCUGACGUCACUCCCACCCAGAGGACCAGCUGGCCAGACUGCUCAAACGGGGACGACACUGAAAGCACAGAGCUGGAGGUUAUCCGGGUGGCCCGUCGGAGGAAGCCAGGGAAGAGGCGGCGAGGGAAGGGGGUGUCGGAGUGUGUAGAGAGGGCACAUGAGGAGGCUCCAGGGGGCUGCUGCGCUGGGGAGGGGCCCGUGUCCUCUGGAGGGCCCCAUGAGGAAGGGACGGGCCCGGUGAGGGCCCGGGACGAGGAGGCGGAGGAGGACGUGGAGGGGUUGCUCCGCCUCCCGGAGAUGACUGACACCUCGUCCAUGGAGGGCGUAGGAGAGCUCCUGAGCGAGGUGGUGAACAGCCUGGACAGGGACGGGCGUGGCUGGGAGGGGGAGGCCGGAGGGGGCCGCGGGACGAAGGGAGGCUCCAGUGCUGGGGCAGGGGCGGGCCCCCUGUGCCCACAGCAGCAGCCCUUUCGGGGGGACCCUGAGGGCGAGCCCCCUGCCACGCCCUCCCCCCUGUCCCGCCCCACGGCUCAGGACCCCACCUUCCUGCAGGUCCCCCCGGCUCCUGCAGAUUUCUACCGUUUCACCCCCCACAGUCCCGGCUCUGCUGUCCCGUGCGACGAACACGAUGACCCCGCAGAGCCUGGCCAGUCAGAGGCCCUGCCGGGUUGCCAUGACGAUGAGGCAGAGAAGCCAGUGGGACCAGACUCCGCCCCCGCCCUAGUGGAGGAGGGAGAGGAGGCGUGUCCUGAGCGGGAGGAGAACGGGCAUCGCACAGACGAAGAGAGCCAGGAAGUGAAGGAGGAGGAGCCGCCCGGCCCGGCAGACAGCAGCCAUCCUGCUGAAAUCCAGGUGGACAACAACCACCUGCUGCUGCUCAUGCUGCAUGUGUUCAGGGAGAGUGAGGAGCAGCUCUGCAAGAUGGUGAGCAUGAGCACAGGCCACAUGGAGGGCAACCUGCAGGCGCUCUACGUGCUGCUGACGGACUCCUGCGUUUACCUGCUCCGCAGAGGCUCUGUGGAGAAGCCCUACAACGUGGAGGACAGCCUGAGCUACAGCGAGCUGGACUCCAUCUCCGUGGGUCUGGACCAGCAGACGGUCCGGCUGGUGUGUGCCGACAGGAGCAGGCAGGUCCUGCUGGACACUGCGGACGUGUCGCUGACCGUCUGGUUUCUGGAUGCUUUGAAUUCGGCCAUGGCUGGAGGACGUGGGGAGCCCCCCCGCCCGCCCGUCCUGACCGACGCGACCAUGGAGAGGCUCGCCCUCACCAAGUUCGUGUGCCAGGAGGCGCACUGCCAGGUGUCUGAGGUGUGCAUACGGCUGUAUUCUCUGGUUCACUGGGAGGACCCCAUGGAUGUGACUGUGGGCUCCCCUGUGAAUGGGCCCCUGGCCUCCAGCAGCACUAAGGAGGGGCCCCUGUUUUACCGCGCGGGGACCUCUUACCUGGGCAGGGGGCACUGGAAGAGGUGCUACCUUGUUCUCAGCAAUGGUAUACUGUAUCAGUACCCAGAGAGAACAGACGUGAAACCACUUCUGUCCAUUUCCUUGGGAGGGGAGCACUGCGGGGGCUGCCGGCGCUCCGGGUCCUCGGAGAGGCGGAACGCGUUCCAGGUGGUGCUGCCCAAGCGGCCGCCGCUGGAGCUGAGCGCAGACAGCGAGGGGGACAUGGCCGAGUGGAUGCAGCUGCUCUGCCAGGCGGCCUGCAGGGGGAUGAUCCCGCAGGGAGCUGGCCCCUCCCCAUGUAUCCCAUGCUGCCUCGUGCUGACGGACAGGCAGUUGCUGACGUGUCACCAGGACUGCCAGACCAGCUUCUUCCGCUCCCUGGGGACGGCCGAGCUGCGUGACAUCACCGCCGUGUGCCUGGAGACGGACGCAGCGUACUGCGUCAUUGAGUUCAGUGAGGAGCGUGCUCAAUUCCUGCCCCCCUGGGUUCUGUACUUCAGCGGCUGUGAGGAGAGAGAUCGGCUGCUCGGGGCUCUGCAGAGUGCAUGGAGGGACGUCUUUCAGCUGACUCUCCCGCAGAAGGGCGUGUCGGACCCCGCUGUGCAGACGCGCUGCAGAGAGGCGCUGGCUCUGAUCAGGAGCGGCUGGCAGCACGGGGACAGCCUGCACCCUGGCACAGCCCCCAGAGAGCCCUGGUGCUGAGGGACCGGGGGGGGGGGGGGACGUGGUCACGGAAACAUCUGCUGACAGCACAAGCCGUGCCAGUCCCCUUUGCAAAGCACCUUCUCUGGAUUACAUGUGGGACUCUGUAUUCCCGGGGGCAGAGAAGAUGGUGGCAAUGUAACGUUUCAGUCACUCCCGAAGGGUUACAGACUGAGACGGUUUGUUGUGUUAAAGCUGACCUGCUUAUCCCCAGGUCUUCCGUUUAAUAAUAAUAAUGCUGCAUUAGACCUCGGGCCCUCAGUGCACUGUGGUCUCAGUGUGGAGACCUGGUGUCAGUGCUCCCCGGAGUCUCUAAAGUGCUCUGCGGAUGUCGCUGCAGAGAGUGGCCGAGGAGGGGAACGACGGGCUCACUCUGGGGACCGUGAGCACAAAAGCUGCUGGAUUUCGGACCUGCGGAAGGGCCGGCUUUUUACCUCACUUUAAUGUCGGUCGGUGCGGUCGAGCUGACCGUGCGGGACGAGGGAGAGGAGCGGGCUCAGGUCAGCGCGUUGGAGUGCUGAAGGAAAAGAGGGAGACCUGCACUAAGCCCUGUAAAGGUCACUGUUCAUCUGGGAAAGACGGUGAACUAAAGCUCAGUAUUUAUUGCACAAUGUCAUUUUAUUCGUUUUUAUAUUUUCAUGGUUUGUGUUGGUCUGAGCACUCUGGCCUUGAGCGGAUUGUGUGUGUGCGCGUGCACGCGCACUACUGCAUUAACAUUUCAGACGUUUUUAUUUUAUUUCCUCUUUUAUUUUUCAAAAAAUAUAGGGAGCAAUGGUUACAGUUGCAUGCCGUUACCAUGAGGUAUUAAAGUGUGUGUGUGUGCUUGUGCGUGCGUGUGUGUGUGUUUGUGUGCGUGCGUUUGGCAUGUUGGAGGUAUACAUUUUUAGCAAAGUUUUUUAUUCUUACUAAUUGACACAAUGGAGCAUUAUGAGUUUGAAUGCACACAGGAUGAAUGAAUAAGCUGUUGUGGUGUGAAAGUAAUUGGGCCUCAUUCACGAAACGUGUUCAAUCACAUUUGAUCAUAAACUGUGUACUUGUGUUUCCAAGAA